UUGGUCGGAGUCAGCUGUAGCGUGGCCGCGUGGCGUGCUCUCUCUCUCUCUCUCUCUCCUCGUUUCUUCCGCGAGUUUAUUUUGCCGAUCGCGUCGUUGUGGAAUCCUCGUCACGGAGAGGGGAAGGAAUCAGGUGUAAAAUCGCGAUCUCUCGUCUUUUACCGAACCUACGCCUCGGCACGCUGCACGGCCGCGCGCAUUUCCGAGAAAAUCGCGAGGAAAAAGGCGCGAGGCAAGAGAGAGUUCGGUGAAGCCGCCGAUCGAGGGCAUUCGAGGGAGUCCCGUCGUCCCGAUCCCACGAGCGGCGCUCGCAGUUGCACGCGAGACGCCGUCGAGGUAGUUUCAUACUCGAGCGAGAUAACGUUUUCACGAGAAGUCUUAGAGUGUUUACGUGGAAACUGAUUUAAUCGUCCCGUCAGUUUGACGAUUAUAACGUACGUUACGAAGCGGCAAGACGCUCGGUGACAGCAGCAAUUUUAACCUAUCCGAGAACGUCGGUACGUGCUGUGUGCUAAGGAAGAGGGAACUCGGUCGGCAGCGUGCGUUUAUAUAUAUACAGGAGGAUUCACCGUUCGGCGACGUUCGUGGAAGCAGUGACGCAACUAUCGCUCCUGUCCGGAGAAGAAGGAAAAGCCCGCGAUGACGGUGUAACGGCGCGGUUUCAAGUCAAGCUUCACCUUGCUAACUUCACGUCUUCACCUCGCCUCUCGCCCUUUUCGUCCCGCCUCGUCCUUACCGACGCGUGUGUGCGCGCGCGAUAUGUUACGAUGGUGUGCGUGAGAUCGCGCGUGCGGAUCGUUCGUGAACUCGGCGACAGCCUGUAGCUCGUCAGCGGCAAGCUGGUGGCGGUGGUACUCGCGCGCACGGGUGUAGAAGCCGGAAGAAAGAGAUUCGUUUUCUUGACUAUCUGGACUGACGAUGCGAUCCUUCGGGAAGUCGUCGUGGCGAUGGGCCAUCAGUGAAAUGGACAUGAGCAUCCUUCUUUUUAAUGGUUUUCUAUUACUGGGCUUCGUUGUGGCCACGGUACCGGAUGUUCUGGUGUUGGGUUCGCCCGGCCCUACACAGGUCGUCGAUCGGGACACUUCUAUGAAGAAAUGCCGGUACAACAGGGCCUACUCGAUGCUGGAAGCGUCCUGCUCGAAUCUGGAAUUGCAUGAUAUCCCGACGAAUCUGAAGACUGACAUACAGGUACUAGAUGUUACCGUGAAUCGAUUGAGAGAAUUGAUGAACGAUAGUCUAACCUCUUACAAGAGCUUGGCCUAUAUCUAUUUGGGUGACAAUUUCAUCCAAAAUAUCGAGGAAGGAGCCUUUGCCAAACAGAAGUACCUAGAAGUGCUAGAUCUUUCACAAAACGGUUGUGACACUUUGCCGAAGAGCCUCUUCCAGCUGCCGUAUCUCCGCACGCUUUACCUCGGUUACAACAAGCUUACCGACUCGGUAUUCAAGGUGGAAGUUACCUCGCCCAUCAAGCUGUUACAGUUGACCAGAAAUAAGCUCACCAAGAUCCCGUAUAUCGGCCCUCAGCCGACCCUUGUCACCCUCAACGUGUCCGAGAAUCUGAUUACCUCGGUCAAUACUGAGGACCUAGCGCCGUUCUGCUCACUGAAGUUGCUCGAUCUCUCGCGGAACAUGAUCAAGUUCAACAGCGUCGCUGCGAAUAGUUGCGAAUGCGAGAUGUUGAAUGCCUGGGUGAGGCUACGUCAGAUCAAGAUGAAGCCUAAUUUCUUCAAUUGCACCAAUUCGAAGACCAUAGCCGAGGAUUGCGCCAAUUUGCAAUUCAGCAAUCGAACGUAUGAAUUGUAUAAUCAGUGUUCGAUCAUCAUACAGCAGAAGGUGGAGACUGAAAAGGCCCGCUCAGUCUGGAUAUUGGUAGUCUCGUGCGUUUCGGGAUUCCUUUUCGUCGUCUUCACGGUGCUGUGCUGCGUGCACAAGCGGAAUCGUAGGCGACGCAGGAAGCAAAAAGAACAACAGCAGCUAACAGCGAACAAUGCCAACACUGAGUUACUUAAUAGCAAUCUGACAACCGGUAAUUCGUGAAAUAAUCGCCGAAACGUACAACAAUAAAAAUUGUAAAGAAUCCUGUGUCGAUGCCGAGAGUACAGCUUUAUAUAAAUCGCGAGGAAAUGAAAGUUAAGGAGUUAUCGACUUUGAAAAAAAAAUUAACGAUGUUCAAAGUAUUUGAGAUACCUGUUGGUAUUUAUUGAGAGUUUAAUCAACGGAUUCAGAGAGAGAAUUUAAUUGGAUAUAUCGACAGAUACGUGCCUAACAGUUUGUAUCUGAUCAUUAAUAUACAUUUACAAUCGCAUGUUCAAUAAAUGUGAGAUUAUAGUUUGAAUUCUUCUGGCAUGAUUGCCAUUUUCAAAGAUAUUACAAGUUUUCAGAAGAAGUGAGAUAUAGCCUCAUAAAGUAUGAACAAUAUAAUACAAAUUCGUUACCAUCCAAGAUAUCGAGCGAAAUGUGAUUAGAUUUUACUUAAGUAUUAGAUUACUUAAAACUCCGAAGAGAAGCGCAGCCAUCGAAAGUAACCAACUUCGUGAAGACUAUGCUUACAAGAUAUAAACGCGUUAACUUAUAAAAUGUGUAAAUGUUCUAUAUUGUGUUCACAUAUAUAUAUAUAUAAUGGUUACAAUAUAUACAUAUAAAAUCUAUGUGAAUGUGAUGGAUUUUCAAGGACUCUGCGUGUUUUGAACGAAUAUAUUCAUCUCAUUAUACUCUGCGACGAUAGAAAUUACCGAUUUUGAUUUUGGUCGAACAAAUCUUGAAAACUGGUCGCGCUCAUUAUCGUGCUUUUGUCAAUGUAAUAGCAAUGGGAAGGAUAAUAUUUAUUGCACGGUACUUAAAGAAGAGUUUUCUUUCAAAGGAUAUUGCGAUGUCAAAGUGGAUUCUUUUAUCCAAGUAUUAAUGUAUUAUGAUGUUGAUUUUAUUUUUUG